AUGAUGAUGAUGAUGAUGUCUGGAUGGGGGAGGUUGACGAAACGCAGGGGCGUGACACGCACGCCUCGUUCUGAAGCGGCGCUCGCUCGCUCGAAUACGGGAGAAUGGGAGAGAGAGACACACCGAAGGGGAGAGAGAGACACACAGAAGGGGAGGGAGGAGGAACUUGAAGGAAAAAAGUUAAAAUAAAAAUGGCUUCCUUGUCUUUGGAGUCCUCAGAACAAACUGAAAACGGCCCGAAGGAGUCCACGCAAGACGAAGCUAAAGUGAAAGAGGAGACGGAUCCAGAUCCGGAUCCGGACGAAGUUUCGGAACAACUGCUCCAAAGCUUCCAGAACUCGGCGCUCAGUUUUUCCACCGAUCAAGUCGCGUGUCUGUGCGAAGCGCUCCUGCAAGCGGGCAAUGUGGAUCGCCUGUGGAGAUUCCUCGCCACCAUCCCUCCUUCGGCAGAUCUGCUACGUGGCAACGAGACCCUGCUGAAGGCCCAGGCUCUGGUCGCUUUUCACCGGGAGGAAUUCAAAGAAUUGUACGCCAUCCUAGACAGUCAUGACUUCCACCCGAGUAACCAUGGGUUCCUUCAAGACCUCUACUUGAAGGCGCGCUACAAGGAGGCUGAGAGGACCCGGGGUCGCAGUCUGGGCGCCGUUGACAAAUAUCGACUGCGCAAAAAGUUUCCUUUGCCCAAAACCAUUUGGGACGGAGAGGAGACCGUGUACUGCUUCAAGGAGAAGUCGCGCAACGCUCUGAAGGAAUGCUACAAGAUCAACAGGUAUCCCACUCCGGUCGAGAAGAAGAAUUUAGCCAAAGUUACCGGACUUUCUUUGACUCAAGUGAGCAACUGGUUCAAGAAUCGCCGACAGAGGGACCGGACCCCGUCCGGCACCAACAGCAAAAGUGAAUCUGAUGGGAACCACAGCACAGAAGAUGAAGCCAGCAAAGGAGAUCUGGAGGAUAUCACUGACAAACCUGCUGCUCUAGAGACAGGCAGCUCCAAUGCUUCUCUUAUAUCCCUCACUAGUGCUCCUUGCAGUACUGGUCAGCUUAUUCUCAACAGCACCGGGGGAUUCCUCACAAGCUCUCAUCCACUGCUGCUCAAUGGGAGCCCUAUACUCUCAGGGGCAGGAACCGGGGUCAUCAUUAAUGGGUUGACACUGAGCGAUGGCCACACGGUCACUCUGAGUCCUGUUACAGCUAAUGCACCAUUGCUACUUAAUGGGGCUCAAGUAAUCUCCAAAGAUGAAAGAGGCAUCAUUGAUAUGGAGGCCCAAGGCAGCCUGCCCACUGUGGUUCUGAAUCCACAAGCCAAUCUAACCAGCACAAUACCUCUCUCUCUUAGCGAGGACGCCAAAACAGCCAGCAGCAAUAUUUCUCCGCUGGAUUUCAUCAGUUUUCCAGAAGCCUUGAAGAAUCCUGAUAAAAAUCAGUCAGUGCCUACAAACUCUAUGUCCUCGUCCACCAUCUCUACUUCUGUCAUCUCUCCCACGUCUCUUCCUUCGGUGAUACUGGCCCCAAAUCGUAUUUCUGCAUCAACAACUGGCUGUGUGAGUUCAGUCAUCUCCAGUCCCAUGGUGCCAUUACAGCCAACACAUCCACCGGAAAUUGUUGUAUUAGGAAAGGCUGACCCUCACUCACCAACUUGCAGCUCUGUCUCCAGCCCUCAGGUGCUGUCUUUACCCCAGGUUGUACCAUCGAUACAGGGCGUUCCAGUUUCUCAACUGAUGCAGCCUACAUCUGGAGCCACAGUGUCAUCUUGCCCCCAGCUUGUUCCAGUCUCCCCGGUCAAUCCACAAUUACCCCAAGUCUCCAUUUCUCAGUUUCAGACCCAAACCUUGCACAUUGGUCCAAGAUUUGCUCAAGCUCAGCAUCAAAAUGGCUCCACCACACUAAUCACCAGUAGUGCUUUAUCGCUCCCCCAGAUGGCUGAUGGACAUGUUACACAAGUGCUUACACCUCAGCUAGGAGAUGAAUCUACUUCAGCCACCCUUCAACAGAUACAGACCUCUAUGGGGACGCAAGUCAUUCCCAUCUCCUCCCCGACUCAAGUUGUUCCCAUAUCCCAACCCAAAGACUUAGGCCAACCUCAGCUGGUCCCCCUGUCACUGCCUCAACUUAUGCCUGUGACAUCUAUUGCGGGAACUCCAACUGGAACCCUUUCCUUCCCUCAGGUGGUCCCAGCAACACCAUCUCUUUCCAUCCCGUCCCCAGGAGGUGCUUUUCAGAUUUUGACAUCUGGAGCUGGAACAGGAUUGAGUGUUGCCCAGGGACCGAUACGCCUUAGCCCAAUAGGGCCUCCUCAGAGUGUCCCUACUGGAACCAUCCCGGGUGUUCAGCUUCUCAACUCUGGGGUGAUUCAGCUUCCGUCUGCCUCUCCAGGCAACUUCCUCUUAGCCGGUGGCAUCGGGGGCAGUCCCAUCCUAAGUGUUCAAAACGGCAAACUCAUCCUUACUAUCCCAGCUGGCAUCCAGUUUGCCAGCAUGCCUGUCAAGUCCGUCCCAGACAAUUUGGUAUCAAGCAACAGCACCUUUGAUCCUCAAACCUCAGCUGUACAUCCACUCGAGAAUCAACCAGCACCUUUACUCACGGCUCAAACCUUAAAUUCACUACAACCAUCUCCUUUGGGAUUUGUUGGGUCCUCUACACUUUACUGCAGCCCUGAGCCAGGGACCAUUGCCAACCCAACCCCAGGAGCCUCUCCGAACACCCCAGACUCAUCCAGCACUCCCACUCCUACAGGCAUCCUACAAUCCCAGCAGACCCUUAGCCCUGAUACCAUGCUGCCACUCAGUCCAAUCUGUAGCGGUGUGGCAUCUGGGCCCCACCUUUCCCAGCCGGUCUGGAGCCCUGUCCCACUGUCUUCCUCUGCUGGUCUGACAUUAUUUGACAUGCGUGGGAAAGGGGAUCUUCCAGAGGACCCCGCUUUGUUGGGCCUGCCAGGAGGAGAGUCCCUCCUGUUGGGCACUCCUCCUCCGGGUGAGGACGUAGAGAGAGAUUCUCAGCUGGAUGAAGUGGAGGACAUGGACGGGGACUCGAAAAUUCUUACACAACUGCAGUCUGUCCCUGUGGAUGAUGACCUGGGCUUGUAAU